CUGACAGGGGAUGUCCACAGACUGCUGAAGGCCAGAGACAAAGCAUUCAGAGCUGGGGAUGAGGCUGGCCUCAGAACAGCAAUGGUUAACCUGUCCCAGGGCAUCAGGAAGGCAAAACAGGACUAUACAAACAAAAUAACCUCACACCUCCAAGACAACAGAGACGCACAGAGCCUAUGGCAGGGCAUGCAGGCCAUCAUGGACUACAAGCCUGCGCCACAGACCUGUGAGGGCAACACCUCUCUGCUGAAUGACCUGAACAGUUUCUUCGCCCGCUUCGAAGCACAAAACCACACUCACCCACAGAAAACCCCACCUCCCCCCAUGACCAACCCCUGUACCUGUCCUCUGCUAGCGUGA